AAGCGAGAAGAUGGGGCCAGUCACCUGCUUCAGCCUCUGCCUCCUCGGCUGCCUGAUCUUUAACCCCUCGCUGGCCGCAGGGGCACAGGCUGCAUCCUGUCCCAGGGGCUGGCUACACUUCCACAACGACUGCUAUGGAUACUUCCCCCAGGAGGCAACCUGGAAAAGGGCUGAGGCUCGGUGUCAGAGCUACGGCAGCGGCGCCCAUCUUGCCUCCAUUCACAGCGAGGAGGAGCACAACGCAGUCGCUGAUUUCAUCACCCGCUCUCAGCGCCAUGACGAUGAUGACAAUGACGGUGAUGAUGUCUGGAUCGGACUCCAUACCCCUGCCCGGAGCCGAAGAUGGUCAUGGGCAGACGGCUCUGAACUGGACUUCAGCGCUUGGGGUAGCCAUGGAAGCUCCUCUUCCCCGAAGGGGGAGCCCUGCGUGGUGCUGGAGGAAGACACAGGUUUCGUGACUUGGGACAAGGACUCCUGUAAUGAUAGAAACCCGUUUGUCUGCAAGUUCAGGCCUUAGGGGAGGCAGGUCGCCUGGCCCUGGGGGCUCCCAACACCUGGACUGUGACUGAAUCAGGUCCCUCCGGCUCCCCGGGGAGACCAGAUCCUGUGUCCCCGGCUGCAAAGUCCCUUCUGCAAAGCAUCGCUGAGUUACGCUGUGUCACUCCCGCCCUGCUCUGCCCCCUUCGUGGGGGGGUGUCUACUGUGUAGUUUUACCCUGGGCUCCCCCUCUUGUCUUUGCCCAAA